AUGAUCGAACGCGAUAAUUCAAGGCGCGUAAUUUUAUACAAGAUCUCAGUACUUUGGCAUAAUGCAAUUUUUCCCUUCCGCGAAGCCGAGAAAUACUCUUCGUGUUUCGGUGGAUCGGGGCGGUUGCCAGGAAACCGAAAAAAUAUGCGUAACGCAUGUUUCGUAGGUGGAGAAGCCGAAAAACAUGUGGAAAAAGACGAACUCGAAGCCGAAAAAAACACUGUUUUCGUAGGUGGAGAUAGUAGUAUGGGAACUU